GCAGCAGUAACCGUCCACAGCCGCUUCCUCCUGUGGCUCAGACGGAGGGAGAGAGAGGGGGGAGGAAGGACGCAGAAUGGCGAACGUGCAGUGCUCCAAAUGCACGGCCGAAAGAAGAGGGUUUCGGCGGGAACUUGAUUCUUGGCGACACAAAUUGAUACACUGCGUUGGGUUUGAAAGCAUUCUGGAGGGAAUCUAUGGCCCACUGCUGCUGAAGGACCUCAAUUUAUUUGAUGACUGCGAACCUGAAGAGUUAGAUGACUGGUCCCUAGAAACAAAUUGCGCUCAAUGUUCAUUCUGCAACCUUCCCCUCGACAAACUCAGCAGUGAUCAUGCACCUGCAGCCACCUCGCCCCUCUCCUCCCCCUCUGAUUACUCUCCCUGCCAGGCUCCAAACAUCUCUGAGAGCAGCCAAUCAGCACACAGGUUUCUCCAUGCUGUGUUUUACAAGAAAGAUGUGGCACUGGGCUGCGAUUUCAAAAUCCCUCUGGUUGCCCAGGAGCUAAUGAAGAAGAUGAUACAUCAGUUUGCCUUGGAGUACGCAUCCAAGUGCCUACAACACACCAGUACAGAUGGUGCUACAACAAGGAUUUCAUCACCUCUGUCACAAACAUCAGAUGCCCCUCUGGACCUCACAGUGAGCCGAACUGGAAACGAGAAAGAAAGUGAAAGUGACCCAGAUGCCGUGCUCGACCUCUCCAACAGGAACUCUGCUUCGUCAACAUCAAUAAAAGGAAAAGCUUCAGGCUUCCUGUUGUCGUCAUUAAAGGAAGAAUUGGGAGAUCUGGGACAGCGAGGGACUCGGCUCCGUCAGAGCUCUGCGUUAGGUGCUGUUCUCAGCUUGCUCUGCGCAGCACAUCGUUCCUUACUCUACCACAUCCUGAAGCUGGCAUGCCAGGAAAAAAUGCUGUUGUUUCUUAAUCACAGAGCUGAAGGUCAAACAGAAUCUCACUCCUCUUACUGUGGUGUAAGCCAACAGGAUAUUGUUACCCCUAAUGCAGUCCCAUUUAGUGAAUGUAAAGCCCAUAACAGCAACUUAUUCUGCCCCUCAAUUGACUUUGAUCAUCAAGAUCUUGGCAGCGCAAUGUAUCAUCCAGGAGACUCCAAGUCCAAAUGUAACAUCCAUCACUUCUCUUUAACAGACUGUAAAAGUGACACUCCUCCUGGCUCAAGCUACAGCUGUGUGCAGAGGUGCAGGAGGGAAACCUACACCGCUAUGUGCCCCAAGAGGCUGCACUGCAUUUCCGGCCAAAGCCUGGCUGUAGGUCAUAUAAACAACCUAGUGUGUUCAUUUACAUCCUCUCCUUCGUUAUCCCAAUCCCCUUCAGUUUGCACUCCCUCCUCUAGUGUAUGCCCUUCUUCAUCGAUUUGCUGUAACCAACACAACCCCCACUCUUGUCCCUGCUAUUCAAACCAUGCCUGUCUGACGCAGGUCAGGAACUCAAUAGAAAAAGGGAUGGGAGAUGGAGAUCCUCCUUGUCCUGUCCUGAAGAGAGAGCAGAGCCCCUCUCCUCCUCCACUGUCCCCUAUGCCCUCAGACAUGGAUACAAAAGCUGAUGAAAAGCCACCCUCUCUUCUUCACCAUAGACAAGAGAAGGAAACUGACCUAAUUGUUAAAGAUGGCAUGGUGAAUGAACGCCAACAGGAAGCAGGUGUGGAUACAGCUACAGAAAUGGAGCGACACUGUAGCACCCCAAGCAGUAUACAUUCUGAGCAAAACCCAAGUGGGACUUCACUGCAAGAUGUUGUGAAUCGGUUCAGUGAGAAACUGGAGACAAUCGGACCUAUAGAGAAGGAUAUACCUCUGGUAUUCACAGCCGUUAAUGUCUCUAAAAAGGAGCGGCCACAGUGUCCCUCGACAAGUCAGAACCUGCAGUUUCAGGCUGAUGCCCAUUUGACUGAAAUUAUCACAACAGUGCUUCACACAGGCAGUGCUAGUGACUACAAUCUCAGUGAGCUGUUCAAUCGCCAUGACAGCAAAGAGCCCAAGUCACCGAAUACUCGCUCACGACGACGCCAAGAAGUCCUUGCUGCUAUAGCAACACCUGCUGAUGAUUCUUCAACCAGAAGGCAAACCUUAAAAAUUAAACGAGAGCUUGCACUGUUUGACCGGUCUUACAGUAGAAGGAAGGCGCGACAAGCAAAGAGGCAAAGAUUGAAUGAUGGAAAUGUUGCUGCAAAUACAUUACACACUUUAUCAGAUUCAAACCUAGUUCAAGAGGAUUCUCAAAACGAAAUGGAGCUAGGUGUUGAACCUGCAGAGAACCAUCGUUUUAGGGAGGGACCACUGAACAUUAUCAUUGCAAAAAGUGACAAUGGAAUAAAAGAGGAGAUAAAAGCAUAUAUAGUAACAGAAGGAGUUCAGAUCAUUAAAGCAGUGGAGAAAGAAAGGGAAAUAUCCUUUGGGGGAAAAGAUCUUACCCACUCAGGCACUUUACCUACCCCUGAGCUACAGAGUACAUUUGGCAUACAAGGCUUGAAGGGGGACAGUGUACAGACAAAGAAGAUGGCAAUGACUGCAACCUCUGCAAAACGGUGCAGCAGGCCCGAUGGUAUGGGUACUGAUGCUGUAAAGGAAAUGAACAGUGAUAACGAAGCGUCCUCAGGUCAAAGCACUGAUGGUGACAAUAGACGAGGCAUAGGUAAAGAUUACCAUAAUCCAAAUGGAAAUAGGCAGAAAGGUCCGUCACACCACUCCAAGGACUCAGGGCGAACCAGGAGACAUAUAGUGCCUCCACAGCGUUUCUCCUCUUAUGUCACAGAGCCCAGGAAGAUGUUUUAUGUUUCAUGUUUCUCUGAAAACACCUCCAACCAGGAAACUGAAAUGGACAACGUUUCGACAUCUAGCACAGUAGAUGCCUUAUCCAAAGUUCCAGACGCUGAGGGCUCUAAACUGGAAUCAAUAAGGGAAGCCCUUUUGUCCUCAUCUCAAUCGCCAGAGAGAGAUGAGUGUGAAACAUCCUACAAAGGUUUUUCCACAAAUCAGGUGACUCCACAGGUGGCUGCCAAAGCAAAGAGUCAAACAAAACAAAGCAUGGACAAUGAAACAGAUGGCAGCAACUCUGAUGACAAGCUUUUUAGAAGGCUGCGGUCAUCUCCAAAAAGAAUACAGUACUCAAAGACAGCUUCAAGCACUCUCCAAAACCCAUCAAAUAUGGAUGUCCCAAUGAAGUCUGCUACCUGUGUUGAAAGCCCUCCCAACUCCCAAGUCCAGUACACUAGUCCAAUAAAGCUUAUGUUUGUAUCACCAGUAAAGGAUAAGGAAGGGGUCAGAUAUAGUCUUAAAUCUGCAUAUUCUGGUUCUAGUGAACAGGAACACUUUGACCCCUGUAUAGAGUCUUCAUGGUCAGGAACAAAAAGUCAGACAACUUCUCCUGCAAAAUCUGCUUCAUCAACACUUAGGUCAGGUCCUUCACCAGCCAAGUCCUUUUCUUCAUCCAGGUUAGCUUCUUUAUCACCGAAGUCGUCAUCUUCCCCCAAGUCUGCUUCUUCACCAGCCAAGUCUGGUUCUUCACCAACCAAGUCAGCGUCUUCACCCAAGUCAGCUUCUUCACCAUCCAAGUCUGGUUCUUCACCACUCAAGUCAGCAUCUUCACCCAAGUCUGCUUCAUCAUCACCUAAAAUAGGUUCCAGACGAUCAGGCGAAGGUACUCCGACUAAGCAUGUGGAUGUAGCUGAAAGCCAGAGAUCACCAGGUGGCUCAAUGUCUUUCCAUGAAACCACUCCAAAAAGGCGUCCAGGCCGGCCAAAGAAGCUGGGGCCACAACUUGAGCAAAAGGCAAAGAGGCCAAUCGGUCGACCACGCAAGGAGAAGGCUGUGGAUUCAGUACUGGGGGAAAAAACAGUAAAUGGAAAAUCUUUUACAGCAUACGAGGCUGAGGAAAAUGUAAACAAGAACUUAAAAAUAACAGUCGUGUUUGGCCGUUCUAGGAGAAACAAACGAACCGUGGCCGAGGGAUUUGACCAGCUGCAAACUGAAUUCCAUGAUGCUUGUGAAGCAGUUGGCCUUAAAAGUGAUUUGAGUAUUUUAGUGCACAACUCUGAGACCAAUUCAAGUAGCAUCAAAAGAGCAUCAUCAGAAUUGUCAGAUGAAUUAAGUUUUGUCAGUCCUCAAUCUAGCAGUACCAUCAAAUGUCAGAAACGGGAUGACUCUGCACCCUCAAGGAAACCAGGUAGACCUGCAAAAGUUAAAAUCUCUGGAAUCUCAGUCACAGUAACUACAGUGUCUCCUCGUCAGCGUAAAAUUCUGAUAAAUAAGGAUACUCGGCAGUCUCCUGAAACACUAAUUCCUAAGAAAGUACUCCUACCAGAAUUCAAAUCUGCCAAUGAGCCCCGGACAAUCAGUCGACAGUCAUCCAGCAAAAUCAGUCAAAUUGUAGAAGGGAUUGAAAUAGAGGAUGAAAAUAAAGACAAAUUGCCAAAGCAGCCUGUUGCAGUGCGUCACUCAAUGAGAGUGAGAAAGCCUUCAAUCCACUUUCUGCACGCUGUUGCCACCUCCACCUCUAGAUCAUACAGCCACAGCAAUGCUCUGCUACGGCGCUCCAAACAACUUCUGCUAAACAAGGCCAGCAACGAAAGGAGACAGGGGGAGCAACAGAGUAGUGUGGAGACUUUAAGGGAGAGAAGACGGCCCUGUGAACAAGAGAAGAAUCACAUAUCUCAGGACCUUGGCAGAGUGGCCGGAGUAUCUGUCGAUUCAAUCUUUACCCCAAGGGAGACGCUAAGGUGGUGGACACCAUCAGCAGAAGAAAAGACUAUGAGUGAGGAGCUUGCCAGGCGAAUACGAGUCAUCUCUGACACUUGGGUCUCAAACACUGGGGAGAACCAAGUAAAAGAGACUGCUUUUAAAUCGAAACAAGGCAAGAGUUCAUUUGCCAGGAGGUCCAAACAUUCCUCUGUGGUACGAACCCUGUUUGACUGUCCUCCUGAAGAACCAAGGUCCUGUAGUAUGCAGCAGGUCUGCUCCUGGUUUAUGAAAACCACAGAGACACAGUCCCUUUCUAUUGUCAAGAAGGCAAGCUCACGUAAUUCUUACGAACUGAUGCAUUUUCCUCGUACUAUCAAUAAAGCGAGUGUUUGCACCAGUCCUCAGGCCCAGCGACUGCGCAAACACAUCAAGAAAUUCGCCAAAACUGUGCCAAAAAGUCCUUUGCAACAUCAACAAGCUCAAAGGAGAUUGAGGAAGAGAAAUGAGAAAAUAAGGCGACAACUUUUUGCCACAGGUCGGCUCAAUCAAAGAGCCCAAUGGUGGAGAAGCAGAUCAUUUGGCAAAUAUCAGACCACUCUAUUUAGAGCAAAGAUAAAGUUCCUAACCCGAAAAGAAAGGGAGAGAUGUCAAAAGAAGCACAGGAAUAAGAAAAACAUAAAUGUAGCUACACGUUCAAAUGGACAGAAAGUAACUGGACUACUACCAAAACGUAAAGCAUUACGUAGAUCAGCAAGAGGUCAGUUAUCUGACUGUUUGGAAAACAGUUCUGUUAACCAAACUCAGGAGCCUGCGGAUGUACCUAAAGAGCACAACAUCUGCUCCAAAGCCUGGAGUCCUGAGACACUGAAGGAAUGCAGAGUGUUUCUGAGGAAGAUUAACUCUCCGGACAAUGAAUCAACUGAGGAAGAGUGGGACUCCUGUACUGUGACACUGGAUGAUGGGUCACCUUCGGCAUACCUCUUAGCAGGAAGGAAGAAAGAACUUGUAGGAGUUGUUAAAGCUGUGAAAACUGAAAGAAAAAGGAGUACCAUCUCAAGAGAGCAAGCAGGUUCUGCACCGAAAUCAGUCCAGGUGCAGGAUGAGGUGCCAGAGAGGAGGAGGAAUGGCAAAUACAAAAGUCCUUUGGUUGCUUCUACUGAACCACCGCAACCACCACCAGCGAAAAUAUUGAGACAAUCGCGAGUGAGAGGCCUUACCGGGCCGAGAUGGUGCGACUUUGUUUUUGAAAACUAAUUGAAGCAUGAUGCCUCCUCCGACCUGGGGAAGGGACUGUUGCUUAACGUGGUGCCUUUGGACAUUGAGCUGACCACAAGGACUGACCAAUCCCGCUAUGGUUCAGUCUUACACUCAGCAAUUAUGUAGCAGUCUAACUUAACAAAAGCUUGAUGUUGCACUAUUUUUAUCUAUGGAUAUGUACAGAAAUGUUAAUUUUUUUUUAUUGCAUUUUUCUUUCUGAGCGCGUAUAGUAGAUCAAAUCAUUACGGUGAAGAGAGUUUUUGGGGAUAUGUGCUUAAAACAGUGAGCCAUGUCAGAGUAGCUGUAAUUAAAGGAAAGGCUUGAGAUCAUUACGAUAGUGCCAUCUCCCCCAAAACAUACCUCAUUAUCAAGGCCACCACUUAUUCUAGAGACAAUGCCCUUACGAAUGUACAGCCCUAAAACCCCCCCCCAAAAUUAAUUUAAUUGUAUUUAUAGUCACCCUUACUUUGGCACUGUUAAAAUAAAAUGCUAAUUUAAUAUAAUACGUUUUUUAGAUUUUGGUAAACGUAUGUUGAAAACUAAUUUUAUUUUCCUAAUCCGAGCCCUGUUUGCAAUAUAUUUGUUUGUCGCUGUUGUAUUGCAAGCCAGUAGCCAAAAUGUAGUGUGAAUGAAGGACUCUUUAUCUCUUUAAAGAAGCCCCAUUUUUAACCCAAUCAUUCUCUAAAUGGGCUCCAACUAUGACAUUGUGUAUUUAACUACAGUAAUUGGCGAUCCACGUGUACUUUAACCAAUGUCACUAUUUCCUUUUUGAGUUUAUUUAAAACAAUAUCUGCAAGUCUAAGCCACAAACGGCCAUUAAUCUAAAUAUACAGCCCCACACAAUGUAGUCAUAUGUGAAGAGAUUUAGAAGUGAUGCCGUUUUAGAGGGAAAGAAGGUAGAUUCUUAUUCAUUUGUUGGUUUGUGGGAUCCGUCUUGUUUUAUUCAGUUAUCUUUAUGUGAAUGUCAUCUUGUUUUCACCCAAAGCAGAUACUGUAUGUUAGUGUCGGAUCUACUCCUUGCACUAUUUCAUCUGAGAUUAUUAACCCCACUACACAGAUUCCUCCCCGAUAUUUUGCACAUCCUGUGUCCCACUGCCAAACCCUACUGUAAACUAGAGGAUCUAUUUGGUGCAAUACAAACCCAGAUGAUUUAUCAAUAUGUAGUAAUUAUUUUAUUGCUGACAGAUGAAUGGAUGUACACAAUUACCAGUGGCCUGGGAUGUUACUUCAGUUACAUAGCCAUGUAAUGUGAUUUUAGAGGAUAUUACAUACUUUAUUUUUUCUCCCACCUGCUUUGUUCUCCUCAUGAAGCCGAAAAAUAACAGAUCCUUAAUUGUUAUAAUAGCAUUAAAUUGUUUAUCAUAAAUGUACUAGCAUUAUUUACUGUUAAAUGCAGGUGGAAUAUGUGUUGCUGUUGCGUUUUCUCUUGAGUUUCUGUGUUUGCAGCAAGAGACGCCUACCUCCACUGGUGCUCAGCUAAGACUAUUUUGCUUAUCAACUGAGUGGUGGACAUGGCCAGAUUGAUGAUCUGUUAACACUAAUCUUGGAUCAUUAUGGUGUUAAGAGCGCAGGUAGAUCCAAGAUGUCUGGCUGUAGGUCAAAGCUUAAACCUGUAGUGUGUGUGUGUUGUGUCUGACUAUCCUUGUAUGUGCGUCUGGUUGCCCUCUCAACACGAGGGAUGGCCCAGUCUUGUGAUCAGUGCUCUGUUGAAGAACCUGGUGCUAAACAUCUGUUGUAUAUUUUCUUUAUCAUGUGUUUUUAUACUGCCCAUUACAGAUGCAACAAAGAGGUGUCUGUGAUCGGAAUAAUAAAGAGUCUUUCUAAAAAUAA